GAAGAGUAUUUAGUAGUUUAUACUGGCAACCCGCGAAAAUGCAUGGAUACAGAGUUGAGCGCCAGCGGAAGAAAACUUUGUUUUGAAGGUGAUACCACGAUGUCAAUAACAAAGUGCAUGCAAAAUCAAUGGUAAAUUUCUCGAGGAUAUUUUUUCACAUUUACAGCUGGCCUAUAGUGAAAUCAUAGCCAUCGGACAAAUAUAUUAGAUUUUUUGGGGGUUUAGAUCUUUGGUAUCAAGAUUGGAGCCAUCUUGCAGCUACGCUACUGACCUUCGUUCAUAUCCAGCCAUAUUUAGAUAGGGUUCUAGAAUUACUACGAGAAAAAGAAUACAAAAUCAGAUGAAUCCCUAGAGGAUAUUUUUAUGGAGCAAAAUGGAGAAGAGUCAACCACAAAACCAGUUUCAAAAUAGUAAUCACUUAGAAUGGAGAAAUCCGAAGAGCCCUUGCUCUCCAUGUUCGCCCGACUCACCGCAGUCACCACCACCACUUGAAAUACGUGGAAAAAGUUUGUCUCUAUCGCGACAAAAACCUGUAAUUAAAGAGAAUUUCACUCGAGAACUUACUAAAAGAGGACGAAAGCAGCGACUAUUGCUCUCACAACAUGGUGGAUUAAGUAAUUGUAAGUUGAAAAGAAGAGAAACCUCUCCGGACUUCCAUCCUCAACAUGAGCUUCGGGUUAAACCUAAACGAGAACCUCUACCGAUGAGAAUGAGAGCACUACCUCAAUCGUUCUUCCACGAACCCCAUGAAAUCCAAACAAGCUCUCUCAGCUCUGGCAGCACAUUACCGGCCUUGCCGCCACUGUUUCAUAAUGCUAACAACACCGGCUAUGACGUCAGUGUCCUUAGACCUGUCACACCCCCAGAGGAAAAGAUAAACCCACGACCGCCGAAAGAAAGAAAAGUCUCAUAUGCAACAGGCACUAGUGAAGAUUUACUGUAUAAGUUGUUUGAACCAGUAGAAGAAGAUAAAACAAAAAAGUUUGUCAUUAAGAGGGGAAGACCAAGAAGAGUUCAAUCAGAUCUUACCCCAAACAUGUUACCAAAACUAGAAGAGGAUCCCCAGUUGGUACAAAAUCUCGCAAACAAAUUAUUCCCUCAGCUAUCAAUUGAAAACAAACUCAAAGGGAUUCAACAAUCGCAGACAUCGUUAUCAUGCGUUUCAGUUCAAGAUGGUGAGAAAUCUGUAACAUUACCUUCGUUAAGUGUAGAUCAAAAUUACUCUGCAAUGCUUCAGGAAAUUGUCGCUAACAUGUAAACUAAUUUCAUACUUGUAAGAACCAGCCCUGCCUUUAUCUUAUUAUUUGAUUUAUGAGUGAUAAUAUUAUAUUCAAGGUUAUAUUAUUAACUAUUAUUAUUAUAACAUGUUAUCAUGAAUUAAGGCAUGCAUGUAUAAUUAAGCUGUCAACUAAACAUCAACAGGCUAAAAAGAACGGCCUUUAAACUAAUGUGGAUGGUCAUCAUGACCAGUGAAUGACCAGUGUUAUUUUUAGCCCUAUAUCAAUGAAUCAUUAUCAUCCAAAUUAAUUCAUUGAAAUUAAGUUUUUACAGACUUUAGUCAAAGCCAGGUUCCAUUUAAUGUACUGUACACUUAAUGUACAAGCUCAAUUUCAAAGGUUCAACACAUCCAAGCCUUUCAAGUGUGUGAUUAAGAACAGAGACAGGUUUUCAAAGCAUAGUGAUAAAAUGAUAAUGUGACUUGGAUAUAAAAUCUACCUGAGCAUGGAGAAUGAAAUGCGAAGCAUGGUACUACAUUAUAGAAACUUUAAAAAGUUUCAUUUUAUGAUUUAUAUCUUUUCCCAUUCUUAUUGUAACUGUAGUAACUUAUGAGUCCGUUUAAAUUAGCAAUUUUAUUUGCUUUAUUUUGGUUAUUAAUUCUUGAAGUUCAAAAACUAGAAAAAUGAAUGGAAGAAAAUAAUAUAAUAAAUGCUAAUUAAUUGGUCAAUCAUGUGGGCCCGGUUGUACGAAGCCUGGAUAGUGCUAUCCGGCGGAUAAAUCUUUAUCCAGUGGAUUAGUUGAUGCUGUUAUCCAAUAAAUUUACCCACUUGAUAAGAUUUAUCUGUCGGAUAGCGCUAUCCAGGCUUCGUACAACCUGGCUGUGAUGUUUAGAAAUGGUCAGAUAGUUAAUAAUCCUCCAGGUGGCAAAAAUAUGUAUAUAUAUAUAUAUAAAUAUAAAUUAAGGUUUUCCUUUUUAUUUUCUUUCAAAAAGAAAAAAGAAAGAAAGAGAUUUUGGUGCAGGCACAAUGAAGGCUUUCAUCAAAUAGGAAAAUGAUUGAAUCAAUGAUAUUAGUCUUGUCAGAGUAUAUAAUACACUUACAUUCAAUUGAAUGAGAGUUUUCUCUUUAUUUUUAUGACUUUCUCUAAUCUCUUGCUUGUGUGCUCUUUUUGUUUCACUCUUUAAUUUCAUUAUUUUUUUUCCAUAUUUUCUCUCUUCAUUUUAAUGUUCUUCCUAGCUCUUCUGUACCUUUCUCUCUCUGUUUCUCUGUCUC